AUAAAUUUCUUGGUUUUACUCCUCUCUCUCUCUCUAGAAUUCUUUGACUUUCCUAUUUUCUGACGACCACCUGUAUAGUACACUAAACCAGGUACUUAAAUAAUCCCAAACCCAUUCAUUUUCCCUAGUCUGCCUUUGCCACCUCUCUUUCCCUUGCAUGCAUCUCUCCACAUAAUUCUGUAGAAGAAAAAAAACUUCGAUUCUUAUGGCCGUCGAAGCAAGGAAUUUCAAUCUUUUUCCUUCACAAUUCAUACCCAAUAGAAAUUUGGUGAAUUCCAACCAGGGAAACGCCUUUGCGUACAGUACCCAGAUGGGAUCAUUGGCGGUGCCUUUGCCCUCAUCAAUGCCGGAAACUUUAUUGCCGAUUUAUCAAACUCUUGAUUCGGCUCCGGCGAAAACUUCUGUGAACACGGAUAGUGGACUCACAUACAACUUACCGCCGGCUCCGAGAAAGCGCUCCAGAGAAUCUAUGAAUCAGUUUUAUGCUACAUCUAAUUUCGGUGCACCCCAGAAAAAUAAUAGCAUUUCUCAGUUUCCAUCUUUUGUCAGUGAAGAAGUUUUGCCUCAAAUCCAGCAAUACCAGUUGGAGAUUGAUAGCAUUAUUUCCCAACAUACGAAAAGGAUUAAAUUGGAACUGGAGGAGAAGCAAAAGCAACAAGCAAGAUUGUUGAUGGCGGCAAUAGGAGAAGGUGCGAUGAUUAAACUAAAGGAAAAGGAAGAUCAGUUACAGAGAAUGGGGAAAAUGAAUUUGGUUCUUCAAGAAAGAGUGAAGAGUCUUUUUAUGGAAAACCAAUUAUUGCGUAACUUAGCACAAACAAAUGAGGCUACGGCCAACUCUCUGCGUACAAAUCUCGAACAAGUACUGGCACACGUUAGUGAUGAGCGCCUCUCCGGCGGUGCCGCUGGCGGUGGAGGUGCGGUGGAGGAGGACGUUGAGUCUUGCUGUGGCAACAGUGAUUGUAGGGAAGUCGAAGGUGAAUAUGGGAGUCGGACGGUGGCGGAAUGCGGUGGCAGGAUGUGUCGGAGGUGUGGGGAGAGAGAAUCCUGUGUGUUGUUGCUGCCAUGUAGGCAUCUUUGCCUCUGCAACAUUUGUGGGAGUGGGACCGCCCAUGUCCAAUCCUGCCCCGUAUGUAAAUCUGCCAUGACUGCCACUUUGCACGUUAACACGUCUACUUGAUCAAAGGCCAUGUCAGAAAUUAGCAUAAAAAACAGUAAUUACACAUUUUGGUUUGUACAUUUUCUUGAUGAAAAUUUAGCUUACUGUAAAUUUGUUCAGCGAAUUAACGUAAUUUAUUUAUUCUUUAAUUGCAUUUCUUUUUUA